AUGACGUCUCGUAAGACCAGGGACUCCGAUCCCAUCGAUCUAGCCCGCUGCAAGCGAAUAGUAAGGCCGUUGCAGUCCAAAAUACACCAAUUGAACGAAUUGCUCACCAGUUUCCCGUCUAAAACAAAUCUUCAAUAUGAAACUCCCCACAAGUCAUUUCUCCAUCCCAAGACUUCUACCCAACGAUUGGCGUCGCUCAAACCAUACCUUGACCCGGACUUGUACCAGAGUUACCUCGACAUCUUCCAGAUCUUCCAGGGAGUGGUAAGGAACGUAGAGGUCAAAAGACCAAACCGAGUACCUCGACUAUCGAUGCUCUGCUGUGUCAAUUUAGGUAAAUCUAUAACAUUAUCCACCAGGUCUACCUACUACAAGCUUAACCAGUCGAGUCUAUUUGACCCAGAGACCCUUCCUGGCCAUCUCCAUCGAAUCUACCAUUCGCUACAUGAGACAAUUGAUCCAUGGUUAGAGUUGGAACCAGUGCAGUUGUACGGUGGAUAUCGUCGAGAUUUGUUGAUGGGGUAUGUUAUCCACCUCAUAGUAUUCAACCUGGGAAUGCUAUACAUGUUGGUUCCCGUGCUUGUUCAAUGGCUCCAGGAAGAGCUGAGAGAACAUAGUAAUGGUCCACUCAUGGCAUUUUCUACCAUACUUUUCAACCAAUAUUGGCACUUUGACGAAACCUACCAUCCUGAUUUCGACAGCGACUUCCUUGGCUACUUGGACGCCAACAAGAAAA